UUGAUUGGCGCUGAAGUGCUUAGAAAAUGGGUAUUUAUACUAGGUGAGCGCGUUAGUUCGUGUUCUAACGUGAGACCUCGAACAUCGCAAUGAACCAGAGUAGCUGCGGAGAGAUCGUUUCGAUACCCACUGCAGAGUGGACGAUUUUACGUGAUGUCUACCGCAAAGACUGGCCGAAGAAUGCGUACAGCUACUAUGCGCUAGAAAACUAUAUACAGUGGUCACGCAAAGACCCCGAAAUGUGCGAGCGGGAAGUACGUGUUUGGAGUGUUGACAAUAAUUGGCGGGAACAUGGCAUUUAUAUUUUAGAGGACAAAAUGAAUCUCAGUCAUAUAAUACGCGGAGAUAUCAGUUCCAACGAGCAUGCGGCACUUUUUCAGCUGGCUUUAAGUUGUACCAAUUGGAUAACGUCUUCCGAGUUUCUAUUUCGUGAGAAAACUUGCGCAGCUGUGUUGCGGCAUCUCGAGAAUAUUGGCUAUAAAAUUAAUCUGAACACAUGCUAUCCAGCCAAAUUCUACUUUCUGAACAAAGACGAUUGCCGCAAAUUGGAAUUUAGACCACGCACUGAUUUUGUCAUCAAACCACUCACACUGAAUGACGUUAAGGAAGUUGAUGACUACUGGCCGUAUAAGUCGGACGGUUCCCCAUACAUUAUUAGUAGACUUAUAAAGUACAAUCUCACCUUGGGCGCCUAUCAUCCCGAAAGCGGUGAACUGUGCGCUUGGGUGGUACACAGCGAACUGGGUACCUUGGCACUAUUAUACGUGAAAAACAAUUAUAGGCGACGCGGUCUGGCCGAGGAUUUGGUGAUUCGAAUGUGUCGCGCGUUGGCCGAGCAAGAUUGUGACGCGAGCGCGCAUAUCUUGGAUACGAAUAUACCAUCGACUACGUUGUUUACAAAGUUAGGUUUCCAGCCUCUUGAAUACAAUUAUUGGUUCAUAAAAUCCGACCAUGAAAUUGACUCAAAUGCUGGCACCGAACCUGUGGUGGGAUUAUGUGGUCACACUAUGAAGAAUGGCAGACUAUCAUCAACGUCAUCGUCACCACCACCGCCAGCCAAUAUGCCAGCCAACAUGACUGCCGACAGCGACGCUGCCGUGUCCUCGCAGUCGCCGGGCAAUUCGCAACUCACUGCCAUCAGCAAAAUCAGCGAACUGCAUCAAUUGCGUGAUUUAUACCGUCGUGAUUGGCCUGCUCACUGUGUGGGCUACUAUUGUCUGAGCAAUUUCAUUGACUGGGUGGAGAAGCGUCAGCAACUCAGCUCAGCGGCGGAUAUGAAAAAUCUACAGAUUUUCACACUGGACAACGAUUGGCAGAGCGAUGGACUCUUUUUGGUUGUGGACCGUUACCAACUAUUUGUGAACUCACUGCUGGCCAGCGAGGAUAGCGGGCGCUUGACCACAGCUAUAGGGCUGCUCAACUGGACUUGGCCUGGUUUUAAAGUGAGCUCCUUCCGGGAGCGCCAUCGCGCGUCAGUGCUCAGUGUGGUGCGUGAGAAACAAUUAAGCACAGAGUACGACAGUCUCACCGUUAUGUACUACAAGCCACGGGAGGAAGUGCUGCAGUUGUCCAUAAGCUGCCCCGCUGGCUAUGUGCUGCGUCCCUUAAACGCCGCAGCGGAUGCUGACUUAAUCGACACACUCUGGCCAAAUCAUCAUCAGGGCUCACGCUUCCUGAUUAGGCGGCUAAUCGAAUGGAAUGCGAAUAUGGGUGUUUAUACCGCAAACAGCGGCGAGCUGGUGGCCUGGUGCUUGCGCCUUCAGGGUGGCUUUCUAGGCGCCUUGCAAGUGAAGGAAAAUCACAAACGUCGCGGUUUAGGCAGCUUGGUGGCGGCAGCCACAGCGCGUCGCAUCGCUGAGCAGGGCGACGAUGUAAUGGCGCUGGUGAACAAGGAUAAUCGUGCCUCACGCGGCAUGUUCGACAAGAUUGGGUUCAAGGUGGUCGAUAACUGCUUUUGGCUGCGCACGUUUCCCACAAGCGAUGUUGAACGCAUGUGGCCAGAUGGCGAGUAGGGAGCCCUUUUUAACUACUUUUUAUAAAUUUAUAAGUAAAGA